GAAGACAUGAGAGAGUUGAAAAUGUUUUAAACUCAAAACAUAGAUUGUUGAGGUGUUGCUGAGUUAUUAGUAGAAUAAAUCCAAUACACCCAAAAUGGACCGCCUUAGUGUGAGUCUCGUGCUCACACUAUGCCUUACUACAGUUGCAUCUAUCGAAGACUUCAAUGUAACUGAGGCCCCGCUUCUGACUGUGACGAACAGACAUGGUGAGGAGGUGUUCAUAAGCGAAGACCUUAUGAGGAAGCUAAAUGAGGAGCUGGAGACCUGGCACUGGACCCCCUGGCUAAGGACCAGGACGGUGAUAGAGGACAAUAUUCUGACAGAGGUGGCCUGUCCCAGCGGGGACUCUAUAGACAGCUUUCCGGACAGCAUCUUUGACGAUGACCAGCUGCGUCGUGGGGGCUUCCUGCUAUAUGCCCUAUUUGGUGUAUAUGCAUUCACACUCCUGGCGAUCGUAUGUAACGACUACUUCAUACCCUGCGUCGAACUUAUCUGCGAAGACCUGAAAAUACCACAGAAUGUGGCUGCAGCCACUUUCAUGUCGGUAGCGACAUCAUGUCCAGAGUUCUUCGUGAAUGUUAUAUCAACGUUUUUAACGGAGUCCGACAUGGGUAUUGGGACCAUCGUGGGGUCCGCCAUUUUCAACAUAUUGGGAGUCGCCUCGAUCGGUGGUCUUGCUGCUGUUAUGCCAAUCACAAUCGAGCGGCGUCCGGUAACAAGGGACGCGUUCAUAUACAUGGUGAACGUGAGCGUGCUGGUCAUCAUCGUUUGGGACGGCCAAGUUGAAUGGUACGAAGCUCUGGUACUGGGCAUCCUGUAUAUACUGUACUUUGUGGUUAUGUUCAACAGUAUGAGGAUGUUUGCGCUAUACGAUCGGAUGGUCGCGUCGUGCUGUAAGAAGAAGCCCGAGUAUAUUGUGUCCACAAUCGGUAAGCCAGUCGAAGAUGGAAUCGAUAAUAAAGGCUUUAGUAAUGAUAUCUCAAACGGAAAUGGUAUUUCAAGUGACAAAAGUCUUGAUGAAAAAACGGAACCAGUAGACGUAGUGAAGAAACCAAAGAAGAGCGUCUGGAGGUUCCCAAAAGAGAACUCCACGGUAUACAAAGUGUGGUGGUUCUAUACUUGGCCUCUGAAACUAAUCCUGGGUUACACUAUCCCGUCUCCUAUCACUUACAAGCGAUUUUAUCCUCUCGCCUUCAUAAUGUGCAUUAUUUGGAUCGGUGGUAACAGCUACCUGGUUUCCUGGAGCAUGACUGUUAUUGGACACACAUUCUUUAUCCCGGAGUCAGUGAUGGGUAUGACGUUCCUUGCCUUUGGUGGAUGUUUACCGGAAGCCUGUUCGAUUUUCAUCAUGUCUCGACGUGGUGAGGGUGGUAUCGGUGUAUCAAAUGCGUUGGGUGCUAACUCAUUAGCAAUUUUGUUUGCUCUGGGAGUGCCGUGGUUGAUCAAAACUCUGACAUACCUCGUGCAAGGCGCCGAUUCGACAGCUGUGUACAUCAAUUCAGCCGGAAUUGACUUCAUUGUUGGUUCCCUUUUGAUCGCUGUCGCGUGUCUUUGGCUGACUCUUUUCAUCGGGAAAUUCCAAUUACGAAGAACUGUUGGUGUUGCACUUCUCGCCUUAUACGUAAUCUUCAUCACCUUCGUCAUCUUAGUCGAAAUGGGCAUCAUCCUCCACACCCACAUUGCUAUAUGCUGAUACUUUAGUGACGUGUAGUUAGCUGUGAUUCGUGAACUAUUCUUAUUCGAUGUAUGGGCUAACAAUGGACUUUUAUUUAUUGCAAUCAGCAUUGACGUUGUUAUUCAUACAUUUUCAUCGGGACAAGCGUUUCUGUGAUGAAAUUGUGUUUGUAAAUAUGUUUUAGUGUAAGCUUCGGCCUUUACUAGUGUACAGUUAAUGUUUUUAUAUUGUUAUAGUACUUGUUAGUAUUGAAAUUUGAAUUACAAUUGUAUCGUGUAAUUCUGAGAUGAUAUUAUUGAACAGUAAAGGAAUUCAAUUUUUGCAGCAGAUCUGAUUAUAAUAUGGGGACACAAAUGUGGUUGACUGUACUGACUGAGAAUGUCUCAGGGAAUCAAACGCAUUUAUGAAAUGUGGCUCGAGGGUGGGCGUAGUUGGAUGUAAGGGGUGGCCCAAGGAUCAGCCUUCGGCCCAAAUAUGAAUUUAGUAUUUAACUUUAAGAAUGAAAAAGCUUUUGUGAAUCUGGGAGUUGCAAUGAAUUUUACCCCCCACUACGCUCGCCCUUGAGAGUUAUUAUGACAGUUGAAUGGAGGAGAAUUACA